AUGCUGUCGACCGACAGCGCGCCCCGUCCCACCGGCGUCGUGCCCACGCUGCUUAACGCCGCUGCCGACGUCUCGAUUGACUCGGCCUUGCUGCUGUGCAUCGUCUCGCAGCUCGAGGUGGCGGCGCGCUCGGUGGACAUCCCACUCGCGUCGCUUCGAUGGCUCACGGCGGAGACCGACCCCAAGCGCACAAGCCUCUUCCUCCACAUGGCGUACCACGCGAGUCGGCGGAGCGUUCCCGGCGCACUCCUCGAGCUCCUCCGCGUCCUCGCCGUCACGGCAACGCACCCCGUGUCCGUCGGAUCGACCACAAUUGUCCGCAAAGCGCUGCAGCUUGUCGAGGCGCUGGUCCGCGAGAUGCCAGCCGCGGUCGUGCCAACCAUCGGGCCGGUGCUGCUGCAGCUACUGUCGACGUCGACGCCGCACACGGACGCGCUCUGGGUGGCCAUGUCGCAUCUGGCCUGGUACAUGGCCGUGCCGAACGAGGUUGCAGCGUCGGCCCUGGCGUUGCCGUCGUCGUCGCGGUCGCUCGCGAUCGUCGUGUCGCUUUUACGCAGCGGAGGCGACGCGGAGGCGCUCGUCUUGCGCGCGCAUGCGGUCCACCGAUCGGCGUACAUGUCGUUCAAGCUCGCGCGCGAGUGUGUCUUGCACGGCGCGUUUGCCACGGCGGCGCAACUGCUGCCGACGGUCCUUGCAAGCACCUUGUCGUCGAUGACGCACCACUGGACGAAAGCUGUCGCCUUGUGGGUCGACGGCGAAGCGCUCGUCUGUGCCACGACGUCGGCCGUACCUUUGCGUGCGUUUGAUGCGCUGCACGAGGCCCUCGCCACGCUGCAGCUCGCGGCGUCCAGCGACGUUGCCUUCGAGACACUGUAUAGCUUUGUGUCGGCGCGCCUGGGGUUUCUCAACACGCUCCAGUCGGCGCUGCAGUACGCCUUUGAGAGUAUCAUCGCGUCCGGCCACAUCUUCUCCUCGACCAAGUGGACUGACCUCCAGCACCAGCUGCAGCGCCACGCCCGGGCGUUUGCUCUCCUCAGCCACGCCGCGUGGUCGACGACCGACCUCGAUGCCCUCGCCAGUCACAUUAGCCUCUGCGAGCUGGUGGCCGUGGCCAUUGACAAGACGGUGCACGGACGGACGGCGACGGUGGCGACGCCGACGGUGCUACCCCGGCACCCGUCCUGGCAGUUUGUUGCCGACUAUGCCGCCCACCUCGCGGCGACGGAAGCCACGCAAAUGGAGUCGCUCGUGGCGCUCCUCCAAGCCGUGUGUACGCUUCCGUGCGCGGUGCCGCGACCGCUCAUGCGCAGUGACGCGCCGGCGCUGUCUCUGGACAUGACGCUCGCGCCAGGCCCCAGCGUCAAGCAGAUUUCGCGCACGGUGCUCGGCGUUACGACGGCCGUCGACUUGGCUGCCACCAUACACGUCUCGCUGCAGCUCGAUGCGACCGUGUCGGCGUCGAGUCCUUUGCGCGACCUUAGCGGACGCGGAACGUUGCAACUCGAAGUGACCCUCUCGUCGGACGGCGCGACGACAGUGUUUGAGGCGCCGUUGCUGGCGCAUGGCGACGGCAGCUGUAGCAGCCACGUGCCACUGGUCAUUGACGCGGCGCGCCUCGGCGAGCACUCGUCGCAUGCGAUUUCGGUCGCGGCGUGGGUCGCGACGCCAACGCGCAGGUGCCUUCUCGCGGCGAAAGCGCUCGAUCGAACUGUCGUCGUGUAUUGAAUUGAUGGAUCGAUGAUCGACUAACUAAAGAACUGCAUGAUGAU